GUGGCAUUCCUGGACAGCGUCGGUGCAGUCGCUAGGGGACUCAGAAAACACAGGCCUUUCAUUUUGCGCUCGGGACAGAAAUACAAAUCUAAAGAUGGCUGAGAAGAAAGUCGUGCUUGUAACAGGAGGUUCUGGUUUGGUGGGUAAUGGUUUGAAAUUGGCUUUGGCUAGGGAUUCCACACUUGAACGUGAUGAUGAAAAAUGGAUUUUCGUAAGUUCCAAGGAUGCAGAUCUCAUGGACAAAGAUGCGACUGUAAAGCUGUUUGAAAAACACAAACCAACACACGUGAUUCAUUUAGCUGCCAUGGUUGGUGGACUUUUCCGAAACCUUAAGUACAACCUUGACUUUCUUAGGUGUAACACAAUCAUUAAUGACAAUGUGUUACACACAUGUCAAGAAAAAAAGGUCAAGAAAGUGGUAUCCUGUUUAUCAACCUGUAUCUUCCCAAACAAAACUACUUACCCUAUUGAUGAAACAAUGGUACACAAUGGUCCUCCCCAUGAUUCUAACUUUGGAUAUUCCUAUGCCAAGAGAAUGAUUGACGUGUAUAACAGGGCUUACAAAGCACAGUAUGACUGUAACUUUACUGCUGUCAUCCCCACCAAUGUGUAUGGCCCUUUUGACAACUUUAACCUAGAGGAUGGUCAUGUACUCCCGGGGCUUAUACGCAAGGUCUACUAUGCCAAGAAGGACAACACAGAUUUCACAGUUUGGGGUACAGGCUCUCCACUCCGACAGUUCAUCUACUCUGUAGAUCUUGGUGCACUGAUAAUUUGGGUUCUUCGGGAUUAUCCAGAAGUUGACCCCAUUAUUCUCUCUGUGGGAGAGGAGGAUGAAAUUAGCAUUAAGGACGCAGCUGAGAUGGUGGUUGACGCCAUGGAAUUCAAGGGAAAUGUAGUGUAUGACACAACAAAGUCUGAUGGUCAGUACAAAAAGACAGCCAGCAAUGCCAAGCUGAGGAAGUACCGCCCUGACUUUCAAUUUACGCCACCUCAACAAGCUAUCAAGGAGACUGUUAAAUGGUUUGAGGAAAAUAUGAAAACCGAUACAGUCCGUUUGUAAACUAUCUGGUACAGAGGGAGCAACAAAUGAAAUAUAGUAAAAGUUUGGUAUUAUCUUUCAUAAUUUUUAUUUCAGGGUAUGUGACAAUACCAGUGCUAAAAUUAGUUUCUUGCAUAAUAAGCGAUGGCUGUUUUUGCUUUUCAAUAUUAAAACGAUCUGUAAGAUCAACUGUAGGAAUCUUUUGAAAACAAGCCAAAACAAGAUGUCAGUAAGCUACAAACAAUCUGAAGAUAUUUUGUCCCUUUGUAAAGUUCAUAUUGCUCAGUAUUUUUCUUAAGCUUCUUAAUACUAACAGCAUUAUGAAGUGUAGUCAUCUAACAAUUUGUAGAAAAGAAUGAAGUUUUGUUAUAUGGUGUAUAUGGUGUGUUAUAUAUUGGACACCUGAGAUGACACAUACAGUCUGACCAUAGUGACUUUUGUGUUAAACCUUCCCUGAAAUAUUCAAAUUGGACAAUUGAAUUAAUAUUUAGGAAUGUACUUCUGCUACUGAUAGAUAUGUAGAGAAUGCCUUAAAGUUGUCACCUGUAGUAAUUUUGAGUGACCUUUUUCAUUGUCUUCAUCAGAUCCCCAGGUGAAUAUUGAUUCACUUUAAUUCAAUAUCAUUCAGAAAUAAGGUCAUUCGCAUUUGGGUCCACUACUUUAAAGACGGUAGAUAAGUAUGAGAUAUAAAGGAUGUUUACAUUUGAAAGUGUGUGUUAUCCCAGUCCUCAGGAGUGUUAUAUAUAAACUGAUAAUAGUCCCAAAUAUUGAUUUUGAUAAAAAAUCAAUUUUAUCCAUUAAAAUUAGGAUGCAAAAGCUUCGAGGAGGACUCCUUUCCUAAAGAUAUGAAGCUUUUAUUUUCUGUUUUUGAUGGUAGUACAUGAUGCCAUGUUAAUUAUCUGUCUUUAAGGCCUGUUUUGUUGGUUAGUGCAUGGAUAUUUUUCUAUCUAUAAUAGAACUGACUUCCUGUACAAAAAUUUGUAUACAUGUUUGUGCUUGAAGUAUAGAAAUGUGUGACUUUAUACUUCACCUUACUGUGAUGAAAGAAUGAAAAUUUUACAUUCCUAUAGAAUCUACAUGAAAGAUCAUUAACUGUGGAAACAUUUUACUUUUUUCUUCAUUGCUUUAGAUUUUUUUCCAUUUUAAAUUUGGUCAAAAUAAGACAAUCAUAUAAGGUGUUAUAGUGUGUAUGUUUCCUAUACCUCACCAUGUCUGUAUCGAUCAAAUUUGAUUUAUUGUGUGCAUAUCAUGUAUAUUUAUCUAUUAUUUUUAUCAAAUAUUCAUAUCAUUCAAUGUAUAUCAUACCUGAACAAGUUUGUAAAAACUAUACAUGUAUCAAAUGAUUUGGUACAGACCUUGUAGUAUGAGCUUCAUACUUGUAUAAUUUUUGCGUCAUCUGUUGGUUACACGUUUGUCUGUAUGCACAACAAACAAUGAACAUCAUGAAAUCAAUAUCAGAUCUUUAGGUACUACAAAAACAGAUGUUUUAAAUUGUAUAAAUUUUCUAUAAUUGUGAUAUAAUUGUUUUUGCAGCACAUUGUCAAACUCAUUCAUGAUGAAAUUUGAUGAAUGGCCAAGAUGAUGUUUAAAUUGAGUCAUUAUUGGUAAAAAGUUCAGAACUUUUAAAAACAUAUUUAUUUUUCAGUCUGUUUAAAUUUACUCACAUUUUAAAGGGAAAAGAUAUUGUCAUCAAUUUGAUAUCAUUACUUUAUGUUUCCAAGCUUUGGUUAAAUAUUUCUGUUUUCUUUGUACAUUAUGAGUUGUAGGGGUAGCCACAGAACCUUGGAUGAUAUUCAUGAUGUGAAUAAAUGAAAUAGUCUCUUAGA